AUGAGACCUUCCGAAUUGACUCCAAACUUUGAGUACAUUAGAUAUCUCGAUGGGUAUGAAAAGAUGAUGUACCCUUCCAUAAUGAUACUCCGUGGUGAGUUUGAACUUUCUUCGGAAAUACCAAAUGUCGAAGAAUAUCUGAAUAAAAAACUUCCUACUCUUUUCAAUGAAUUUGAUAUUACCAGACUCUCUGUUUGCACAUUGAAAGGCAAACCAUGUUUUGUCAAAUCAACACUUCCACCAUUAAUAAAAACUGUUUCAUUUGAUUUACUCGGCGAUUACUCGUGCAACCGAAAAGUUCUGACAGUGAAAUCACCUAUUGAAUUAUUAAAAGAAUGGAAGAGUGGUAUGCCCUUACCAAUGGUUUUUGUCUCAACAUCAAAUUCUGUUAUUCGUCUUCAUUUGUGUUGUUCCCAUUGUCUUUCUGAUGGAAGAACAAUUGAAGGAAUAUAUCGAAUUGUUGCACAUUUACUAGACAAAAAAAUACCUCUUCCAAUUAACUCCAAACUUACUGAUUUUGGCCAACAAAAUUUGUUCCCCAAAUUAACAAAGAGUGAAGCAACAACAAUACUUCCUUCUAUUCUUGAUUUACCCAAAUCUCCACGAAUUAAUCCACCGGAAGAAAAUAUCGUUUUUUCUGAUGUUUCUGAUUAUCUUCAAUAUUCGUAUGCAGAGAUAAGUGCAUUUUGUAAAAUGCACAAGGUGGGGGUGCAGGCAAUAAUGAUGUGUGCGUUUCAAAGGGGAUUGAGAAAAUAUUUUAAUGUAAAAAAUGAUGUUCCUUUGAUUGGAAAUGUUCCUGCGGAUUCCCGAACCAAUUCGUGUGCUUCAGAAGAAAUGAAACAAAGAGAACUCUUUAGUGGAAGUGCUUGUGUUUUUCCAAUAAUAACUUCAAAAGACGAUUUUAUUGAAGAAAUUGUGGCGUGUAAUACUGCAAUGAAAGAAAUUCAAAAAAGUAUUGGAAGUGCUGCAUUGGUCACUUAUUUAGGAACUCGAGUUAAUGCAGAUAACGGAGAAGAUUAUCCAUAUGGUUUUGAUUUAUCGACUGACAUGCCAUUUGUUGGGGUGUCAAAUAUUGGCUGUUAUAAAUAUGUAACAAGACCGCGAGUGUGUUGUGUCAGUGAGUCAAAAAGACUUUUACCUUCAAUCAUUUAUGGAUAUAAAGAAGAGUCUAUUUUAAAUGUCUAUUGGAAACGAUCAGCACCGAUGCCGCAGAAUUUUCUAGAUACCAUUAUUGAGCAAUUUGAUGAUAUAUUCACAAAAAUAGGAUCAAAAAGGGUUUAA